CUUUCGACUGUGAACCAGAUGUGUAUAUUCCAGGUCACAGGCUGCUGAUACCAACUUUUGCCAUGGCUUCUGUGGCUUCACCAGUUACAUUUAAGGAGUUUUGCCCCUUGUAUUAUCUCCUCAAUGCCAUUCCUACAAAAGUCCAAAAAGGAUUUCGCUCCAUUUUGGUGUACCUCACAGCACUUGAUACCAAUGGGGACUACAUUGCUGUAGGCAGUAGCAUUGGGAUGCUUUAUCUCUACUGCAGACACCUAAACCAGAUGAAAAAAUAUAAUUUUGAGGGGAAGUCUGAAUCUAUUACUGUUGUAAAGUUAUUGAGCUGUUUUGAUGAUCUUGUUGCUAUUGGUACAGCCUCAGGCCGAGUAGCCAUUUUCCAGCUUGUUUCUUCAUUGCCUGGAAGAAACAAACAGCUUCGGAGAUUUGAUGUGGCUGGUAUCCACAAAAGUAGUAUCACAGCCUUGGCUUGGAGUCCUAAUGGAAUGAAAUUAUUCUCUGGAGAUGACAAAGGAAAAAUUGUCUAUUCUUUACUGGAUCUAGAUCAGGGCGUUUGCAACUCCAGUCUGGUAUUGGAAGAGCUAUCUUCAAUUGUGCAGUUGGAUUACAGUCAGAAGGUGCUGUUGGUAUCUACCCUACAGAGAACUUUGCUUUUUUACACAGAAGAAAAAUCUGUCAAGCAAGUUGGAACACAGUCCAGAAAAAACUCUGGUAAGUUUGGAGCAUGUUUUAUCCCUGGACUGUGUAAGCAAAGUGACCUGACAAUGUUUGCUGCUAGACCUGGCCUCCGCCUCUGGAAGUCUGAUGUGCAUGGAACUGUGCAGGCCACGUUUAUUUUAAAAGAGGUAUUUGCUGGAGGAAUUAAACCUUUUGAACUGUAUCCUCGGCUGGAGUCACCUGACAGAGCAAGUUACAGCUUCCCAGGGAAACACCUUGGGCUUGUUUCAUGCUUUUUCCAGGAAGGUUGGGUGUUGAGUUGGAAUGAAUAUAGUAUCUAUUUACUAGACACUGUGAACCAGGCUUUGAUUGGUGGUUUGGAAGGCUAUGGUGAUAUUGUGUCCGUGUCCUGUACCAGCAAUGAGAUUUUUCUUCUUAAGGGAGAUAGAGACAUAAUAAGAAUAUCAAGUAGACCUGAAGGACUAGCAUCAAUAGAUUCAAGUUCAAAAUUGCUGAGUCCAUUACCAGAUUUGAGUCCCAAAUUGCUGACCCCAUUGUCAGUACUGACACCUGUAUCAUCUGACCCUUCAGUGGAGACAGAAAAAAACAUAAUGGUUUCUUCUUCCCAAAUUACUGUUGAUAAAAAUGACUCUGAUUCUAUAGCAAAAAAUUAUUUGGAAAUCACAGUGGAGAAAAGCAUUGAGAAAGUGAAUGACUUCAGCAGUGAAACGAGAAAAAGAGGCUGUUCAGUAGCCAGUGAAUCAAGAAGCAGGAGCAGUUCAAUAAAUUCUGUGGACAGUGGCUCUAGUCUCAUGACAUAUGCAGACCACACAUCAAGUGAAGCUCAGAGAGAGAGCCAGCCUUCUUCACAACGGUUCAGUAUAAUUAGCUCUGAAGAUUUUGACCAAGAACUGAUUGUAAAGCCCAUCAAAGUAAAAAAGAAAAAAAAGAAGAGACAAGAAAAUGGGACCAAGAAAAAUCACAGCUCUCUUGAAGGUAUGCCAAGUUAUGAGCAUCAGUUUUCUGGUGACAGUCCACAUUCUUUAAAUGCAGACUCAUUUUCCAUGACUUCUAGCCUAAUGAGCAGUAGUAUAGAUCAUUUGAGCACAGGUUCUCCAGAUCAGGAAAGUGUGUUCAGUGUAGAGUCACAUAGUGUAUUACAGGAGGAUAAUAGCUCGGAAACGUUCAGUGUGCUUCAGUCUCCUGUGUCUGUGACUUCAACAAUGUAUGAAGGAAAUGAAGAUAAAACUGACUUGCUCAAACUUCCCCAGAGUGAUAGUGGAAUGGGUACACCUACUGUUACAGAUAUGUUGCUAUCCAGUUCUCCCCUACUACUCUCAGAAGAUUCGGCAGAGAGUAUUGAUAGAGAAUGCAAUCAGAGUCUGUUUUAUGUGAAAACUGAAUGCAUUUCUGAACAGUUAACCCAAGAGGAGCAGCAAGAUUUUACAGUACUGUGUAAAGCAGAAGAAACUUUAGGGGAAAUAAAUCUGGAGGAUACUGAAAAUAUUUUUGCAGAAACAAACCUCACAGGCCAAAUGUCUUUAGUGUUUAAUACUACAUGUGGUGCUGAAAAAUCACUGACACAAAAAGGAAGUGAUGAAAACAGCAGGGAGAAGCAGCAGAAACUUACUCUAAUGAACACUGCCUCAGAGAACCUUACAGCUCCCUGGUCUGAUCUCUCUAAGAAUGAUCUAUGUGCACAAGACACUGCUGUUUCUGGAUUUGCCUUGAAAGGUGCGGUCAAAGUUAAAUCUAGUACUGAAGCUGCUGAAUGGGUAACCACUAUCCAUGAUAGCAAGACUGAGAAAUCAGCAUCAAGCGAUGAAGAGGAUAUUUAUGGGCACGGGUUACCUUAUUCGUCUUCAGAAACAAGUGUGACAGAAAUGGGUGCUAAUCUUACAUCCCAGGAUAUGACCCAAACAAGCUUGGAUGAAAUGGUACUAUUAAAAUCUGAUCAGUUUGCAGAGAGCUGGAUGGGCUACUCUGGCCCAGGAUAUGGAAUACUCAGCCUCGUUGUCUCAGAGAAAUACGUUUGGUGCCUGGACUACAAGGGUAGCCUGUUCUGCAGUGCUCUGCCUAGUGCAGGUAUACGAUGGCAAAAGUUUGAAGAUGCUGUCCAGCAGGUGGCAGUCUCACCUUCAGGAGCUCUCCUCUGGAAGAUUGAACAGAAAACUAAUAAGGCCUUUGCUUGUGGAAAAGUAACCAUAAAAGGAAAGCGCCAUUGGUAUGAAGCUUUACCUCAGGCUGUCUUUGUAGCUUUAAGUGAUGACACUGCCUGGAUUAUCAGAACUAAUGGAGAUCUAUAUCUGCAAACAGGCCUGAGCGUGGAUCGUCCUUGUGCUAGAGCGGUAAAGGUGGAUUGCCCCUAUCCCCUAUCUCAGAUUACCUCAAGAAACAAUGUAGUGUGGGCAUUAACUGAACAGCGGGCACUGCUUUAUAGAGAGGGAGUGAGCAGCUUCUGUCCUGAAGGCGAACAGUGGAAAUGUGAUAUUAUCAGUGAGAUGCAAGCUUUGGAGCCAGUGUGUGUAACUCUUGGAGAUCAGCAGACGUUAUGGACUUUGGACAUCCAUGGAAAUCUGUGGUUCCGAACUGGUGUGGUUUCAAAGAAACCACAAGGAGAUGAUGAUCACUGGUGGCAAGUGAGCAUUACAGAUUAUGUAGUGUUUGACCAGUGCGGCUUGUUCCAGACGAUAAUCCAGGCAACGCAAACAGUGGCAACAGCAGCGCAGGUGCCAGUAGAGAAAGUAGCGGACAAACUUCGAAUGGCUUUUUGGUCACAGCAGCUGCAGUGUCAGCCCAGUCUCCUUGGAGUCAGCAGCAGUGGUGUUUGGAUUUCUUCAGGCAAAAAUGAGUUCCAUGUUGCAAAGGGCAGUCUCGUAGGCACAUAUUGGAAUAAUAUUGUGCCUCGUGGUACUGCUUCUGCCACAAAGUGGGUUUUUGUAUUGGCUUCCACAGCUCCAACUAAAGAAGGAAGCUUUCUGUGGCUUUGCCAGAGCAACAAGGAUCUGUUUUGUGUCAGUGAUCAGAAUCCUCAGUUCCAUCCUUCUACGGUGCAGCUACCACCUGAUGCUGAAACGAUGUAUUAUUCUGCCUGCCAGGAUGCCAUAUGGGGUUUGGAUACUCUGGGACGUGUAUUUAUCAGAACACUAUCACCAAGUUGUCCAACCGGGAUGCAUUGGACAAAACUGGACCUUGCUCAGCUAGGUGCUGUAAAAUUGACCAGCUUGGCCUGUGGAAAUCAGCAUGUCUGGGCCUGUGAUACCAGUGGUGGUGUUUACUUUCGUGUAGGAACUCAACCUCUCAACCCAAGUUUGAUGCUUCCUGCAUGGAUAAUGAUUGAACCACCUAUACAGCCAGUGGGAAUCAACUUGGUCAGUGUUCAUUCAAGUCCGAACGAUCAGAUGCUGUGGGCAAUCGACAACAAAUGUAACGUUCAUGUGCGAAUUGGAAUUACAGAGGAGAUGCCAGUAGGCACAGACUGGGAACACAUACCAGGAUUGCAGGCAUGUCAGUUGGCUAUCAGCACUCGAACAGUUUGGGCGUGCUGUCCAAAUGGAGAUGUAGCACGUCGAUAUGGCAUUACUGACAAGAACCCAGCAGGAGACUACUGGAAGAAGAUUCCAGGCAAUGUGUUUUGUUUAACAGUGACACCUCUGGAUGAACUGUGGGCAGUUAGUUCUUCAGGAUACCUUCUUCAGCGCCUCACUAAGACCUUCAGUCACUCUUACGGCUUGCAGAAGGGUAGUGACCCUUCUGUUUUGCUUCACCCUGAUGAUUUUGAAGAUGAAUGGGAGGUGAUAUAAAAGUGCUUGAGCACAUGAAAUAGUGGAAUAGCAAGAAGAACACUUGGAAUUCUUGUAACGUACAUCCAGAUUGUUGGGUUUUAAAGCCACUUAUAUUGGACAUGCAAUAUUAGCACUUUUUUAUUGAAAACUUGAACUGUCAGAUAGUCCCACCAUUGUGCAUUCAGGUGUUUGUUCCAGUCUCUCUUGGGAGACUAAGUGUGGCAUACUACAGUUGUUUAAGUGUGUUAAUGUAACAGCUCAUUUGGAAAUAUAACUCUAAACUUAUUAGCAAUGAAAGUGGAUAUUUUACAACCGCAUGCACACUAAUAUAUAUCUAUAUAUAUAUUAUGUACUUCUUUUGAGAAGGGCUUCUGUUACAUUAAAUAUUUCUCAACAGCAGAAACAUUAAACAUUUCUCAGUUUCUUGUACUUGAUACUCCAGAUAGAGGGAAAUGCUGUCUGUCUAUUUUACGCAUUUGAGAAGAUUGCUCUGUACAGCAUGGAACCAAAUAUAGUAAUAUGUUUCCCUGUAACAUCUAAUAACAUCAGGAUAAUACUGCACUGGUGUCAAAAUUAACAUGAUUUGAACCAUUUUCAUCUUAAUAUCCCCAAGGCUGCACUAAUUUUCCAUCUCUGGAAACUUGGGUUCAUAAUCUGGCUUCAUUAACAGAUGACGAGUUUGGACUCAUUGUAGUUUCAAGUGGAUGUUUUUCCACUUCACAUAGUGUUUUCUGCUCUGUAGAGGCCCAGGACUUGGAGUAGCAGGGAAGUUGGAGAUCGAGUUUGUUAGACAGCAGCAGGGAAGUGAGAGACAGCUCUCACGGUACCUGCUGCACUAUAUUUGUGCCUCGAAUCAGUUCAGUGCUUUAUCUUGUGGACUCAUUUUUUUGAGUACCAAAUUCAGACAUUUAUAAAGAAAAUGGUAAUUGAUAGAAUUAUCUAUAUAUCCCCUAAGUAAAUCUGUGAUAUUAUUGACAGAUACCUAACAAGAUUGAGAUCUUUAGCUAUGUUAGCUAAAUUUUGAAGUGUCUUAUACUUAACAGAUGUUGCAGCAGAGGUGUUUAAUGAACUGAGCAACAUGCUGAGUAAAUUUAAUCAUUGCAGUUUAUUUUUCUUUAUACUCUAAAACUUCUUUAAAAGAUACCUCAUCUUUUUUAAUAAUUAGAAUUAUAGAUGAAAAGGACUUAAAUUCAGUGAUGUAGGUGGAAUUACUUUUAUGUUCAUCAUAAAUGUGUACAUCAUAUGAAUGUUUAAACAGCUGCUAACCAGUGCUGUAAAUGAGCCAGCUUCAGGAGAGGGUGUAAGGAAAAGUGAGCACAUCAGUUUUGAGAACAUCUGCGUUGGUGGAUAGAAGAAAGAGGGUGUGUUUUCCUUCACUGCAUGGGUUUGAGAUAAACAUGGUGCAAAGUGUAAAUCUGUUGGUAGAAAGGACCAACUUGAGAGAGGGGGUUGGGGGAAGUUCUUUUUAGCAGCACUUCUAGUAUGGGCUGCCAGUUCUCAGUCUGAUCUUUAAGUCUGGUAGUGAGGGGGGGAGGUCAGAUUUGUUUCCCUUUUACACUUGAUCUGUUUUGCCUCAUCUCUUCCUCAUCCAUAUAUGGAGACAGCCACAGAGCUUUUUUUAGUCUGCCUGGCACUGGAUUGUAAUGGAUUCAGCUUCUGAAGUAACCCAGCCUGUUUUGUACAAGCAUAGCUGGGUGUUUUGAGAACCCCUCAGCAAGUGGAUAUCCAGUUUGAAAGUAUCCUACAGCAAUUCCUGUGUCACCUGCUUUGGAGGAGGGACAGCACUUCUCUGCUUCCUGCCAAGGACCAGAUGCUUGGAUACAUGGGCGUUAUUUAAUACUGACACUUUUGUAUUACACUUUUCUGAGUUGUCUUAGUAAUGGCUGGAGCCUGCUAGCUGUUUGUAUACUGUAUUAUACUGUACCUUGCUUUAGUCAUUAAUAUUAAAUUGGUGUUGAAAGCCCUUCUGAAGUGAUGGGAUUUCUUAGUGUAAUUUCAUUAAGCCUGAACUCAGAUGGUAACUUUUUUCAUUUUUUUUAGCUCCCUUUUAUUUCUGUACCUUGUUUUUGUUUUCUCUGUUGUGUUUUGAGACAAGUGCAAUAAACUAGGGGUUUUUUUU